UUCAAGGAGGGCAAACAUGGCGGAAUUUGUUCAUCAGAAUAUUGAGGAAACACUGCAGGAACUGGAGCAGCUAGAACGUGUAGGGCUGUUCACAAAACCAGAAAUAAAAACUAUAGUGAAGAAGAGAACAAACUUUGAGUAUCGUCUCGUUCGCCUCAAGAAAGAGAAGGAAGAUUUCUUGAGAUAUAUUCAGUAUGAAAUCAACCUCUUAGCUUUGAUCAAGACAAGGAGGGAGCGACUAGGCUACUUCUUCAAGAAGGAUGAGAUUGAGUACGCAAUUAUCCGACGAAUCCAGAGAUUGUUCAGGAGAGCCUGCACCAUGUUCUGUGAUGAUCAGAAACUCUGGUUCUCCCACAUACAGUUCUGCAAGAAAUGGAACAUGAAGAAUGAGCUGAGUAAACUGUUCACCAAAUUGCUGAAAGUCUACUCCAAAAAUCCAGCAUUGUGGAUAAUCGCAGCCAAGUUUCAAAUGGAGGACAAUCUGUCUGCGGAGAAUGCUCGGAGUCUCCUGCUACGAGCCAUCAGGCACCAUCCUAAGAGUCAGAAGCUCAGAGUUGAGUAUUUCAGAAUGGAGUUGAUGCAUGCUGAUAAGCAAAGAAAGCGUUGGGCCGUGUUAAAACAGAGUGACGUAGAUGUCGUUGAGGAAGGAAUGGAGGAUGCCCUCUUGCAGGGACAGGUGGCCAGGCUCGUUUAUAAAAUAGCCAUUCAAGAUAUGCCAGAUGAUAUUAAUCUUCACUUGGCGUUCAUUCCGGUCUGCAAUAAGUUUGACUUCACUCAGGACAUUAAAGACGAGAUUUAUACAGAUCUUCAGGAAGCUCAUCCGAAUAAUGAACUAAUGUGGGAUGCCCUCGCAAGGAGACAUCUAACGGCCGCCAGAAAUGAAUCUGCGUCAAUCCACUUAGCAGAAGAGUCACAAUGUUGGACAGUCUACCAGACGGCUGCGGAGAGACUACCAACAACCAAGAUGUGGACAUUGUUUGCUGACUGCUGCAUAGAGAGACUACACCUGGGUGGACCCUCCGAUGUCAGUGAUAAGCGAGCCAAGACAGCCUUAAAGGUUUUCUCAACUGCACAUGAAAAGACGAAAUUCACUGAAGAUCUGUAUUUGAAAUGGAUGAGACUCCUUCAAGACAUCGGUGAGAUUGACAAAGCUAAGGAGGUUGCAGCAUCAGCUAUUACAUCUCAUCAACGCUCAGCGGACAUCUGGGAGGCGUGUCUCCGCCUUGCUAUGAGGGACUGUGGAGUCGACAAACAGCAGCAGCUUGAUGAGGUGUCUCAGCUCUUCGAUAGCGCCAUCUCAUUCGUCAAAUCUAAGAAUGCUCUACCUCUGUGGUAUUUGGGUUUAGACUGGUGCCUCAUCAUGAAUCCGGAGAAUGUGCAUGAUAUAUUCAAGGCUGCAAUGAAGGAGCCACCAGUGAUCUCAUCACCGAUGCAGUCAAGAUACUUACAAUGGGCAGCCUUUACUAAGGAACUCAAGAGAGCAAGAAAAAUCUACAAGAGAUUAUCCAAAACCAGGCCUCUGUCUCUGGACCUGUUCAGGCAGAAUAUCUCCAUGGAACUGGCUCAGGCCGAACCAGACCAUUCAAGAGUGCGUCGAUGUUAUGAAGAUGCCCUCAUGGAGUACGGAUCAACCAGACCAGAUUUAUGGUUGGAGUAUGUCCGUCUAGAGAAGGAUAACGUUCAUGCGAGUGAGAUUCACUGGAGAGCAACAAAAGCACUGUCUGGAUCUGACCUGGAAGAAUUUACUAACGGUUUCACGUUACUACAAACUGGCCAUCUGUAAAUUGGUCGAUUUAAUGAACGGCUUCACAUUACUAUAAACUGGCCAUCUAUAACAACCACGUAAAGGUACAUAGAGUUUUAAUUGACCUGCUCAGAGUUGGACAAGUUGAGUCACUGUUUCAGGGUUCAAGGCACAGGACACUUUUGGUAAUUACUCAAAAUAAUUGUUGGCAUAAAAACUUACUUGGCAAUGGGGAGCUGUUGAU